AUGGCAACGCGACCGACCACACCCAGCCCAAGUCCAAUCAUGACCCAGCAACUCUCAAAUUAUCAACUUGGAGAUUCGCUGGGUAAAGGCGCGUUUGCCCAAGUGUUUCGCGCGUUGAACUGGACGACGGGCGAGACGGUGGCCAUCAAGCAAAUACAGCUCAGUAACAUUCCAAAGAGCGACCUUGGCGAGAUUAUGGCCGAGAUCGAUUUGCUCAAGAACCUCAACCAUCCAAAUAUUGUCAAAUACAAAGGAUUUGUCAAGACGCCGGAAUACCUGAAUAUUAUUCUCGAAUAUUGCGAGAACGGAUCUCUGCAUAACAUUUGCAAACGCUUUGGAAAGUUCCCGGAGAACCUCGUUGCGGUUUACAUCUCUCAAGUUUUACAUGGACUCGUGUACCUGCAUGACCAAGGUGUCAUUCAUCGAGAUAUUAAAGGGGCAAACAUUCUCACGAACAAGGAUGGAUGCGUCAAGCUUGCCGACUUUGGUGUCGCCACCGCCCAAGUCAGCGACAGCGCAGUUGUUGGCAGCCCUUACUGGAUGGCCCCGGAGGUCAUUGAGCAACUUGGUGCGACGACUGCGUCGGACAUUUGGAGCGUUGGAUGUGUGGUCAUUGAGUUGUUGGAAGGAAAACCUCCUUACCAUUUCUUGGACCCAAUGCCUGCUCUUUUCCGCAUCGUGCAGGACGACUGUCCUCCCAUUCCUGAGGGUGCUUCACCCAUUGUAAAGGACUUUCUCUACCACUGCUUCCAAAAGGACUGCAAUCUCAGAAUCAGUGCGAAGAAGCUCCUUCGCCAUCCAUGGAUGAUCUCAGCAAAAAAGCAGAUGAACAAUAUGAACGGGCCAGCACCGACUGGCACUGGGGAAAAGACGACAGAGGGACGCCCACUCAGCAAUAACUACAACUAUGACGAUGCUGUCCAGAGAGUACAGCAGUGGAAUGAGGCCCUCAAAUCACCCACUAAACCGCAACAGCCGAAACGCGUGAGGUCACCUUCUCCAACACCUCCACCGGCAAAGGUUGCAGAAAUGAUGACAUGGAAACUGGCAUCGCCUCCUGCACGUUCGCGAAGUUCGUCUGCAGGCAUGGCCAGCCUCCCUCUCCUUCCCAACCUGUUACCGCUCGCAAAUCCUGCUCCUGUUGUAGCGCGGCCUAUGGUUGUUCCAGAGAUUGAAGAGGCGACGGACAACUGGGACGAUGAUUUUGAAGAGGAUAUCACGCUCACCAAGUUGCAACUCAAGACGGUUCCUACACCUGAUCCUGCACCCGCCAAGGCACCGGUUAAGCAAAACAUUUUCACUAAAAAAGCCACGCCAACCAAAAAGAGCAAGGCUCCUCCAGUAAUCAAAGAGCCAUUGGCAAAGGUGACCUCACCUGAGCGGGAAGAUGCCAAUGCUCGAACUAUUCGGCCGACGCUUACAGAGAGCCCGACUCUCUCCUCGAAGAACAUCCCACCCAAAGUACCUCCACUACCUUCUCAGCAGACAUCGCGCCCGGUCACGCCUCCAGUACCGCCUCUACCGCCGCAGAUCGUGAAAGAGAAAUCGCCCUUGGAUAGCCUAGAUAUCACACCGCCUGCAGGGUCCAGUAAGCAGGCACCAAAACCUUUGCCUGGCCUGGCGGAAGAAGGCUAUGAUGAUCUUUUCGAUGCGGAGGAAGACGACUUGUUUGGUAAAGUUGAAUCAUUCAAGCUGAAGGCUGGCUCGAGAAAGGGACUAUUCUUCCCAGAGGAUAUCAAGACUGUCGGUGUAUCCUCUUCUCCGAAGAAUUUGUCACCUGUUCCACCUAAAUCGGCACCCUUACCAUCGCUGCCGAGGCGGUCAUCUCAUUCCGAUCUGCCGUCUCCAAACACGCCCAUCAGUCGUCGCUCGUCACAGUCGCGGUUCAACGGCCCCAUGACGCCUCCUUCGUCCAUGUCCAAAGGCUCUACAUCCGAAUCGGCGUUGAAGAAGAUUCAGAGUCAAGCCGAACUCGAGAGGUAUACUGAAGACGACGAUGAAGACUACGAAGAUGUGUUCGGAAAAGUGCCUGCAUCUGGAUCUGGACAGACCAUGCAAAUGCUCAAGCUGAAUCUUUCCAAUAAGUCUUGGAUUGCGGAAGAUGAUGGGGACACUUCAGAUGACGAAGAUCCAUUUGCAGAGAUCGACGAAGAGUUUGCGAUAGAUGACUACGACACCAAUCUACAACGAGACAAACACGCGCGUCUCUGCUCUCAAGUCAACCAGUUUAUCGAAGAUCUUUCUCCAGAUAGUGCAGAGCCAACGUUGCGUCGAGCGUGUGACCAGAUCAUUGAAAUCUUGGAUGAAACGCCGGAGAUGCAGAACCAACUGAUGUCUUCGCAUGGGAUGCUGGCAAUCUUGGAGCUUGUUACAUCUGACUUGGGAUUCUUAGAGAGUUUCUGUCUGAUUGGUGGUAUUCCAGUCCUCAUGGGUUUCACGACCAAGAAAUACUCUUCGGAGUGCCGACUAGAAGCUUCAAAGAUCAUCAAGUUGCUCUGCCAUACAUCCGUUCUCACACUGCAAAUGUUCAUCUCAUGCCGCGGUUUACGAGUUUUGGUCGAUAUCCUAGACGAAGACUAUGCGGAGCAGAGCGAGCUCGUCAGCCACGCUCUCAAUGGUAUUGGGAGCGUGUUUGAGCUGCAGUCUCCUACACCCAAGAAUGAUUUUUGCCGGAUGUUCAUCCGCGAUGGACUACUCGAUCCCCUGUCCAUGGCUUUGCUCAACGUCAUUUCUUCCAAGGACACCCUAAGAGCAUCAGAGAUGAAGACGAGAAUUCUGCAAAUCAUUGUCGUCUACUGCCAGGUUAGCCAAUCGGACGCAUUCGUACGAAACGCGAUUGGAACACGAAAGGUUAUUCGACGACUCUUGCGCGGUUGCGAACUGCUCGAGCCUGAACACCUAGUCCUGCUACUCAAGGCAAUCAAGCAUCUUUCAAUGAGCCCUUCUUUGUUGGACGUGCUACAGAAUACCAACGCGAUCGAGAUAUUGGUGACUAUUUUGGCCAAUCAGAUGGGUGGUCAGCACAGCACUGAAAUUUCAAAUCACAUCAUUCAAACAUGCUACAACCUUUGUCGGCUCAACAAGGGACGACAGGAGGAAGCCGCUCAGGCUGGGAUAUUGCCAUGUCUUAAGCGGGUCAUUAGCACCAAUUCACCUCUUCGGCAGUUUGCGCUUCCAAUUCUGUGCGAUCUUGCCAGUGCAGGCAAGAGUUGCCGCUCUCUUCUAUGGCAGCAUGGCGGCAUGAACAUUUAUCUCGAUUUGCUAUCCGACCCAUACUUCCAGGUUAGCGCUCUUGACGCCAUCCUAUCUUGGCUCCAGGACGAUAUGGCACGUGUGGAAGAUGUGUUAGCCGAACCGUCUUCCGUUGAAUGCAUUCUCAAGUGCUUCUCGACUGCCAAGGCCAACUCGUUUGAGAAUAUCCUCGACCCCUUGCUCAAAAUAGUUCGAGCUAGCACCGCGGUGACGAUCGGACUUGCAAAGCCUGAAUUCUUCCAACGGUUGACCGACAGACUAUCACACCACAAGGCCGUUGUACGCUUGAAUCUUCUCAAGUUACUCAAGGCCAUUUGUGAUAUUCACCCGGAUCGGGCGAGUCUUGUCGAACGUUUCGGACUGUAUGAUGUGGUCGAGCGUUUAAGUCGGACCGACGGUGCCAUACUCGUUCGCGAACUCGCUCGCGAUAUCGUUCCCAUUCUUCUCCCCGGUGCGACAGGGAGUACACUACUAGCGAGAGCAAAUGCUUCCUUAAUGGAACAACACCCUGUAGCGAAUCGAUCCGCCGGCGCUCUACUCGACAUGCAUUCGUUUGAUGAUAUCGCCAAAGGUAGACGGGGCUCUGCACGCGGUUUAGCUGCUGAACCCAUCUUCCAACCGCGGCGACCGCCUCGGCGGACCGCAUCCGAAGUGUCUUCUUCCCCACCCAUGCGGGGCGGGUCUCCGCAACUGUAUUCGCCAGACAAUUCACUCAUUGGCGAGGGUCCCAAGCGUGUGCGCCCGGUGCUCAUUCAACGACGGUCUACUAGGGACUCGACCUCGAUGCUAGCAUCAAGUGGGAUGAACAGUGAUACCGACCAUUACUCACGCGGUCCAUCCGGAGUGGUCUCCGAUUCGAAACUUCUUCCGCGAAGGCCCAAGGCUUGA